CUCUGAACAGUAGCACACCGUCCACCCCUGACACCAUGACCCACUGCUGCUCCCCUUGCUGCCAGCCUAGGUGCUGCAGGACCACAUGCUGCAGGACCACCUACUGGGAGCCCACCUGUGUGACCAGCUGCAGCAGCACACCCUGCUGCCAGCCCUCCUGCUGUGUGUCCAGCUGCUGCCAGCCUUGCUGCCGCCCAACUUGCUGUCAAAACACCUGCUGCAGGACCACCUGCUGGAAGCCCACCUGUGUGACCAGCUGCAGCAGCACACCCUGCUGCCAGCCCUCCUGCUGUGUGUCCAGCUGCUGCCAGCCUUGCUGCCGCCCAACUUGCUGUCAAAACACCUGCUGCGGACCUACCUGCUGGAAGCCCACCUGUGUGACCAGCUGCAGCAGCACACCCUGCUGCCAGCCCUCCUGCUGUGUGUCCAGCUGCUGCCAGCCCUGCUGCCACCCAGCCUGCUGUGAGACCACCUGCUGCAGGACCACAUGCUGCCAACCCACCUGUGUGUCCAGCUGCUGCCAGCCUUCCUGCUGCUGAUCAGCAUUGCCAAGGACCAUCAUCCUUACACAACAACCUUCUGACCUUUAUUUCUGAGACAGAGUCUCACACUGUCACCCAGGUUGGAGUGCAG